GCCUGAUCAUCGCAGACAUGCUCUAUGAACGGCUGCGCGAUUUACCAGAAGGUGAUCUUUCAAGGGUUCGCGCCAAUUUGGUACGGCAAGACACGCUCCAUCAAUUGGCGCUGGAACUUGGGCUACCUGAAGUGUUGCGAUUGGGCGAGGGUGAAUCUAAAUCGGGUGGGCAAAAGCGGCCUUCUAUAUUGGCCGAUACCUUAGAGGCCAUCAUAGGUGCCGUCUACUUGGAUGCCGGCUUUCAGAUUGCAAAAACUUUGGUGUUGCGACUUUUCCAAAAAGUUGAUGUCAAUCCCCGAAUGCAAGCCAUUGGCAAAGACGCCAAAACCGAGUUGCAAGAAUGGUUGCAAGGACGAAAGAUGAAGCUGCCAGUCUACAGAAUCGUAGACACCAUAGGUGCCGCUCAUCAACAAACGUUUGAGGUUGAAUGUGAAAUUGCUGAAUUGAAACUCAGCGAACGUGGCAUGGGUACAUCGCGACGCAAUGCGGAACAAUCGGCAGCAACGAUGAUGUUGCAG